CUCACGCGCACCGCUUUACGCACCGCAAUCCCUCUCUCACGGAACUGACAAAUAGACCUACUAAGAUACGUACGCACUGUAGGGAAGCAUUUCAUUUGUACAGUUGAUCAGUGGGUACGCAAUUAUGGAGGAGAAUGUGACUUUGUCUGGUCGCGAUUAUCUGGAUUUACGCCUCUACGCGCAGAAACUUCUGAAGCAUGGAAACCUCUCUUUUCCGGCUCACGCGAACACUACGGAGACGACAGUCCAGGAGGACAGCUUGGAUGUGAACACGGACAUAUACUCCAAGGUGCUGGUCACUGUUAUAUACGUGAUUCUGUUUGUAAUCGGUUGUUUGGGAAACUCUAUCACGCUAUACACCUUACUCACAAAGAAAUCUCUCCAAAACCUUCAGAGUACCGUUCACUAUCACUUGGCGAGUCUCGCUGUUUCUGACCUACUCAUCCUGAUCCUGAGCAUGCCAAUCGAACUCUACAACUUUAUCUGGGUCCACCAUCCCUGGGCUUUCGGCGAAACUGUCUGCAAAGGUUAUUACUUCCUCCGCGACGGCUGCUCGUAUGCCACGGCAUUUAACAUCACCAGCCUGAGUGUGGAACGUUAUAUGGCCAUCUGCCACCCAUUCAAAGCUAAGAGCAUCAUGUCUCGUAGCCGGACCAAGAAGCUUAUCAGCGGGAUGUGGGUAGCCUCCUUCCUCCUGGCGACACCAAUGCUCCUUACGAUGGGACAGCGAUCGGAAAACGCUGAGCAUAUUUGUACAACGAUUGUGUCGCCAGUUACAACCAAGACAGUGAUUCAGGUCAAUGCCUUCCUGUCCUUUGUGGUUCCCAUGACGCUGAUCUCGGUGCUGAAUGGAGUGAUCGCUAAUCAGCUGCUGCGCAUGUUCCGGGAGUCAGCGCAGGACAACCGCGUCUGCGUCGUUGGGGGCAACGCCACCAUGCUGAGUGUUGCCGUGGAGCCCAACCGCACCCAGUCUCUACGUCAUGGGGUCAUGGUUCUACGUGCUGUGGUCAUUGCGUUUGUGCUCUGCUGGCUUCCUUAUCAUGCACGAAGACUCAUGUUCUGCUAUGUGGCCGAGUGGACAGAUGCCCUGUACGACUUCUACCAUUACUUCUACAUGGCCACCAAUGUGCUCUUUUACGUCAGCUCAGCGGUGAACCCAGUGCUUUACAACCUUGUAUCGGCCAACUACCGUCAGAUCUUCUUUUCCACACUACGCUACUUCUUCGUCCCAUGCCGCCGCCAGAAGAAGAAGCGCGUCCUCACCAGGCACUCCAUCAGCAUCUGCAGUAACCAGACCUUUUCCACCAAUGCCAUCAAAGAGACCAUCUACUGACCCAAUCAGCAUCUGCAGCAACCAGACCUUCUCCACCAAUGCCAUCAAAGAGACCAUCUACUGACUCAAUCUAGUAGACCGUCAAUUGACUCCAUCAAAGACAUCAUCUCCUGACUCCAUCAAAGACAUCAUCUCCUGACUCCAUCAAAGACAUCAAUCAUCUCCUGACUCAAUAAAAGACACCAUCUCCUGACUCCAUCAAAGACAUCAAUCAUCUCCUGACUCCAUCAAAGACACCAUCUCCUGACUCCAUCAAGAGACCAUCUCCUGACUCCAUCAAAGAGACCAUCUCCUGACUCCAUCAAAGAGACCAUCUCCUGACUCCAUCAAAGACAUCAAUCAUCUCCUGACUCCAUCAAAGACACCAUCUCCUGACUCCAUCAAAUACAUCAAUCAUCUCCUGACUCCAUCAAAGAGACCAUCUCCUGACUCCAUCAAAGACACCAUCUCCUGACUCCAUCAAAGACACCAUCUUCCGAGUCCAUCAAAGACAUCAAUCAUCUCCUGACUCCAUCAAAGAUAUAAUCUCCUGACUCCAUCAAAGACACCAUCUCCUGACUCCAUCAAAGAUAUCUCAAAGAUAUCAUCUCCUGACUCCAUCAAAGAUAUCAUCUCCUGACUCCAUCAAAGACACCAUCUCCUGACUCCAUCAAAGACACCAUCUCCUGACUCCAUCAAAGAUAUCAUCUCCUGACUCCAUCAAAGACAUCAUCUCCUGACUCCAUCAUCUCCUGACUCCAUCAUUUCCUGACUCCAUCAUCUCCUGACUCCAUCAAAGAUAUCAUCUCCUGACUCCAUCAUCUCCUGACUCCAUCUCCCUCCACAUCCCUUUGCUCCAGGACUCCUGAACGUGCCAGACACACGACUCGGGGUGUGUGUGUGUGUGUGUGUGUGUGUCAGACAUGAGUCAUUUCAGACUGAUCUCAUUUCAAAGGGAAAACAUGAUUCAUGUAGUAUUGUUCUGUCUCAUCUUGCACAUGGCAAAUAGACGCCUUUGAUAGUUUGUUAAUAUCAAGCACAGAGUGGCAUGUUUUAAAUUCAGCUGCAGUAUUGCAGAGUUAUCACGGUCGUCACGUGCCAAAAGAAUUACGGUGUGAAGACACACUGAUGGUGCAGUUAAAAAAAACGGACAAACACUUGACAAUCAGGAGCGAGCAGGGGGAUGGCUGGUGAUUGUGGCACUCCUCAGGUGCCAGUGAUGGCCGCUGCCGCCCAGCACCCCAACAUUUCCUCCGGCGGCAGCGACUCAAAUGCUCGGUGCCUCGCAGGCCCUGAAAUGCACUGAAAUUCAAUCCCUUCUUGGGCUCGGGAUGUCAUCCAUUUUUCAAA